CGCUGCCUGUGGAAGCUUCCAGUCUCCGUCACCUCACCCCGCCUGAGGUGCGGCGGACACCGCGUUCAUUCCGAUACUAAACCACUUUGGGUAUUAACCGACUAGACACACACUGCGCUCCUAGACCUGAGACGCCUGAACUUGUACAAACCGGACCCAGAACCCUCUUUAUCGCUAAAGCUGGAACACCUCGCCAUUAAACGGCUUUUCUCGUCAUCGUUAUUAACCGCCAAAUCUGUUACGCCGACAGGAAAGAAAAGUAGCCGUUAGUCGAGUUCGCUGAGGAGACGGUGUUUCCUGAGGGAAAGAAAAGUUUCCUCAGGGAAAUGAAGGUGCUGUAGAAGCUACGGUCUUCAGUACAGGUGAGGGAGCAGACAUUUUACUAAGUGCUUCACCUUCAACAGCUUCUACAGCAGCCAUGGACCUGAGGGAGCGUAGACAUCGCUCUUUGACUCGUGGCCAUUGUGCCAAAGAGCUCCAGUUUACCACUUCAACCCUUGAUGUGCCCACACAGAAAUCCUUCAGAUCCAGCGAGACUCUUAAAGCAUUUGAACAGGAGGCACGUUUGCCAUACGGAGCCUGUGUGGCCAACAUAGUACACCACGAAGCAGACGAGUACUCUAGACAAGGAGGAAACUUCACCCUGGCAGAGUUAGGAAUCUGUGAGCCUACACCUCACCAGAACACCUACUGCCCCAACCUGGGGCUUCUGCAGCAUGGCUACUCACUCAACGCUGGCUCUGAUGCCGACUCCGAUCCCGAAGGUCCCAUCUCUCCAGACAGAGCCAUGCAACUGUGGAGCACCCGCAACGUCAAUUCCCGCCACAGCUCCGGUCAGUCUAGCCGCGAGAACUCGGCCCUGACCCUUACCGAUUCGGAAAAUGAACACAAGUCAGACGACGAAGCAGGUCGUACCCUCCCUCCUUCUACUGCCUCCUCUAGCCUGCUGCCCCCAGCACCCUCUCCUCCCUCUGCUCCCCACCACCAAGCUCCGCCCACCAUAAGAGAGUGCCAGGUGCCACUGCUGGACAACAGCUCUGUCCACACCAUGCUGGAGCCCCAUCCAGAGGACCAAAUUUCUCCCAACUCAUACCUGCUGAGGGCCCAGACUACCACAGGAGCGUCGAACCACCACAGCCAGUCGACCCUGCGGCCUCCACUGCCUCCACCUCACAACGCCCAGUCUCUCUCCCACCAUCAGACCUCGGCCAACUCGCUGAACCGCAACACACUGAGCAGCAGACGCAACCCUGUUCACGUUCCAUCCACUGCCCCUGGGGAGGCACCAACCACCCCUGAGUCAGUGCAGCUGCAGGACAGCUGGGUGCUUAACAGCAACGUACCGCUGGAGACAAGGCACUUCCUUUUCAAGACAUCAUCGGGGACCACACCACUUUUCAGCAGCUCUUCUCCAGGAUACCCUCUGACUUCUGGCACAGUGUACUCACCUCCACCCAGGCUCCUACCCAGGAACACGUUUUCCCGAAGCGCCUUUAAGCUGAAAAAGCCCUCUAAGUAUUGCAGCUGGAAAUGUGCGGCUGUGACAGCCAUCGCUGCCGCCACCGUACUGGCCAUCCUGCUGUCCUACUUCAUUGCUUUAAACCUGUUGGGGCUGACCUGGCAGCUGAAGCCUGUGGAAGCUCCCGUGCUGAGCCACGGCCUGGGCGCAGCGGGCAUGCCUGGCACCAGUGAUGAUACCACAGGGCCCUCUGGAGGCAGAGCACCAGGGGCAUUUCGCAACAGCAGCAUAGAUACAGGCAAUCUGGAGGUAGGACGUCGAGUGACCCAGGAUGUGCCACCAGGAGUGUUCUGGAGGGCUCUGCUUCAUCUCAGUCAGCCCCAGUUUCUCAAAUUCAACAUCUCCCUGGGGAAAGAUGCACUUUUUGGGGUCUAUAUUCGCAAAGGACUGCCUCCAUCCCAUGCGCAGUAUGACUAUAUGGAGCGAUUAGAUGGGAAAGAGAAAUGGAGCGUGGUGGAGUCUCCUCGGGAGAGACGUAGUAUCCAGACUGUGGUUCUAAACGAAGCCGUGUUUGUGCAAUAUCUGGACCCGGGCACAUGGCACCUAGCUUUUUAUAAUGAUGGAAAGGAGAAAGAGUCUGUGUCCUUCAGCACGGCUAUAUUGGAUUCAGUGCAAGAGUGCCCGCGUAAUUGCCAUGGCAACGGCGAGUGCGUGUCAGGAGUGUGUCACUGCUUCCCUGGCUUCCACGGUAUGGACUGCUCGAAAGCUGCUUGUCCGGUGCUCUGCAGUGGUAAUGGGCAGUAUGAUAAAGGCUCAUGUACCUGCUACAGUGGUUGGAAGGGACCGGAGUGUGACAUUCCUAUAAAUCAGUGUAUUGAUCCUCAGUGUGGUGGCCACGGGACCUGCACAGAGGGAACUUGUGUCUGCUCAGUGGGCUACAAGGGGGAGAACUGUGCUGAAGUGGACUGUCUGGACCCAACCUGCUCCAACAAUGGCAUAUGUGUGAGUGGUGAGUGCCACUGCAAACCAGGCUGGGGAGGAUCACACUGUGAGCUGCCCAGAGCCCAGUGCCCAGACCAGUGCCAUGGGCAUGGUACCUUCAUCCCUGAGACAGGCUUGUGCAGCUGUGACCCCGACUGGAUGGGUCCCGACUGCUCUAUAGAGGUGUGCUCAGUGGACUGCGGGACUCAUGGAGUGUGUAUGGGUGGCUCAUGUCGCUGUGAAGAGGGCUGGACAGGUGAGGCAUGUGACCAGCGAGUGUGUAGCCCACUGUGUGUGAAACACGGUACCUGCAAGGAUGGAAAGUGCGAGUGUCAUCAGGGCUGGAAUGGAGAGCACUGCACUAUCGAUGGCUGUCCCAAUCUGUGUAAUGGCAACGGGCACUGCACCAUGGGUCAGAACAGCUGGCACUGCGAGUGCAAGACAGGCUGGAGGGGCAACGGGUGCAAUGUUGCCAUGGAGACUUCCUGCGCAGACAAUAAAGACAAUGAAGGAGAUGGUCUGACGGACUGCAUGGACCCAGAUUGUUGCAUCCAGAGCCCGUGUCAGAACAGCCCACUGUGUCGAGGCUCUCGAGACCCACUGCAGGUGAUCCAGCAGAGCCAGCUGCCCCUGCAGAAGGUCCGCUCCUUCUACGAGCGUGUCAACAUGCUGGUGGGACGAGACAGCACACAUAUCAUUCAGGGAGAAAACCCCUUCAACGCCAGUCUGGCGUCCCUGAUCAGAGGUCAGGUACUGACUACAGAUGGAACCCCACUGGUAGGGGUUAACGUAUCCUUCGUCAAGUACCCUCACUAUGGAUACACGCUCACCCGACAAGAUGGAACCUUUGACCUCAUUGCUAACGGAGGCGCCUCUCUUACGCUGCAUUUCGAACGAGCCCCUUUUCUUAGCCAGGAGCGUACAGUGUGGCUGCCCUGGAACAACUUCUAUGCCAUGGAUACCCUUAUGAUGAAGACAGAGGAGAACACUAUCCCAGGCUGUGACCUGAGCGGGUUUGUGAGGCCUGAUCCAGUGGUGGUGGCCUCACCACUGUCAUCAUUCUUUAGCUCCAGACCCGGAGAGAGGCCCAUCAUCCCUGAGACUCAGGUUCUUCAUGAGCUAAUUGAAAUCCCGGGCACCAAUCUGAAACUUUGUCACCUGAGCUCACGGGCAUCAGGCUACCGUUCUCUGCUGAAGAUCACAAUGACCCAGGCCGUUGUUCCUCUCAGCCUGAUCAAGGUGCACCUGAUGGUGGCUGUGGAGGGUCACCUCUUCCAGAAGUGGUUUCACUCUUCGCCUAACCUGGCAUACACCUUCAUAUGGGACAAGACUGAUGCUUACGGACAGAGAGUUUAUGGUCUUUCUGAAGCUGUGGUGUCUGUGGGUUAUGAAUAUGAGACAUGCCCUAGUCUGGUGCUGUGGGAGAAGAGGACAGCUGUACUGCAGGGAUAUGAACUGGAGCCCUCGAACCUUGGAGGAUGGUCUCUGGACAAACAUCACAUCCUUAACCUUCGCAGUGGCAUCCUCCAUAAAGGAAGCGGGGAGAACGUCUUUGUUUGCCAGCAGCCCCCAGUCAUCACCAGUGUUAUGGGAAAUGGGCGUCGGCGAAGUAUCUCAUGCCCGAGCUGUAACGGGCUGGCAGAUGGAAAUAAGCUGUUAGCGCCGGUUGCACUAGCAGUGGGGAUCGACGGCAGCCUCUACGUGGGCGACCUGAAUUUUGUGCGCAGGGUGUACCCGUCCCUCAAUACCACUCGUGUGCUGGAGCUCAGAAAUAAGGAUUUUCGACACAGCAACAACCCAACACACAAGUACUUCCUGGCUGUAGACCCCGUUACAGGAGCUUUGUUCAUCUCAGACACAAACUCUAGGAGAAUUUUUCGAGUCCGUACGCUUACCGGUGGCCGACUUCUGGCUGAUAAUGCAGAGGUGGUAGCAGGCACCGGAGAGCAGUGUCUGCCCUUCGACGAGCGCUGUGGGGAUGGAGGCAAGGCUCUGGAGGCCACCCUGAUGAGCCCCAAAGGUAUUGCUGUUGACAAAAAUGGUCUGAUGUACUUUGUGGAUGCCACCAUGAUCAGAAAAGUGGACCAGAAUGGCAUUAUCUCUACACUACUGGGUGCUAAUGACCUCACUGCUGUACGCCCACUCAGCUGUGACACCAGCAUGGAUGUCAGCCAGGUGCGUUUGGAGUGGCCCACCGACCUCGCUGUCAAUCCAAUGGACAACUCACUGUAUGUUCUGGAGAAUAAUGUAAUCCUGCGCAUCACUGAAAACCACCAGGUUAGCAUUGUGGCCGGACGACCGAUGCACUGCCAGGUGCCGGGCAUUGACUACUCCCUCAGCAGGUUGGCUAUUCACUCAGCCCUGGAAAGUGCCACAGCCAUUGCUGUGUCCCAUUCAGGUGCGCUUUACAUUGCUGAAAGUGAUGAAAAGAAGAUCAACCGUGUGCGGCAGGUCAGCGCUAACGGUGAGAUCUCAUUGUUAGCUGGCGCCACCUCUGAAUGUGACUGCAAGAACGACGUCAACUGCAAUUGUUUCGCAGGAGACGAAGGCUACGCCACUGAUGCCAGCCUCAAUGCGCCCACCUCACUAGCGGUGGCACCCGACGGCACACUGUACAUUGCAGACCUAAACAAUAUUCGCAUUCGUGCCGUGCGUGCUAACCGUCCAGGACCGAACGCAGCAGGCCACUAUGAGGUGGCAUCACCGCGGGAACAGGAGCUCUAUGUGUUCAGUGAAGAGGGCCUCCACCUGCAAACUUUCAGCCUCGUGAGUGGAAUGAGUCUCUACAACUUCACGUACACACCUGAUGGAGAGCUGGCCGCUGUGGUGGAUAACUGCAACAACACAGUGCAGGUGCGCAGGGAGGGCGGUGGCCUGGGUGGAGCCAGCACUGUCAGACUACACUUUCUGCCCGACAACCAGGUGCUGACCCUGGGAAUGGAUGCAACAGGAAGCCUGCGCUCCAUCUCUGUCCCCGACCAGGAGAUUGUACAACUGACUUACAGUGGCAGCACAGGCCUGCUGGCCAGCAAGGCAGAUGAAACGGGUUGGACCACUUUUUAUGAGUAUGACAGCGAGGGGAGACUCACCAAUAUGACCUAUCCAACUGGAAUGGUGACCAGCCUGCACAGAGAAAUUGAGAAAUCCAUUAACAUUGAUAUUGAGAGCUCAAACAGAGAUGAUGAUGUCACCGUCAUCACCAAUCUCUCAUCGGUUAAGGCUUCCUACACCGUGGUGCAAGAUCAAGUACGGAACAGCUACCAGCUGUGUAACAACGGCACUUUGAGAGUGAUGUUUGCAAAUGGAAUGGGCAUCAGCUACCACACAGAACCUCAUAUCCUGGCUGGCUCAGUGAGCCCCACCAUCGGCCGCAGAAACAUCACCCUGCCCACUGACAACGGCCUCAAUUCCAUAGAGUGGCGAUUACGGAAGGAACUCACCAAGGGCAAGAUCACUGUGUUCGGCAGGAAACUAAGGGCCCACGGACGCAACUUGCUCUCCAUCGACUUUGACAGGAACACACGGACAGAGAAGGUCUACGAUGACCACAGGAAGUUUACGCUAAGGAUCACGUAUGACGCUCAGGGCAGACCUGCCAUCUGGCAGCCUAGUAGCAGCCUGGCUGUGGUCAAUGUGUCCUACUCUUCCACUGGACGUCUGGUGGGUCUGCACCGCGGCAGCAUGAGUGAGAGGACCGAGUCCGACCCACAUGGACGUAUCCUCUCACGCACAUUUGUAGAUGGCAAAGUGUGGAGCUACAGUUACCUUGAUAAGUCCAUGGUGCUGCUCCUGCAGAGUCAAAGGCAGUACAUCUUUGAGUUUGAUGCAUCUGAUCGUAUCAAUGCAGUCACGAUGCCAAGUGUGGCCCGACACACCAUGUUUACCCACGUAUCCAUCGGCUACAUCCGAAACACUUAUAACCCUCCAGAAAGCAAUGCCUCUGUAAUCUACGACUUCAGUGAGAAUGGCCGUCCACAAGCCACGUACUUCCUGGGUACAGGACGGCGUGUACUCUACAAGUAUGGCAAACUGUCCAAGCUCUCAGAAAUACUGUAUGACAGCACAGCUGUUACUUUUGGUUAUGAUGAAACAUCUGGUGUCCUGAAGAUGGUCAAUCUGCAGAGUGGUGGCUUCUCCUGCACCAUAAGAUACCGUAAGAUGGGUCCACUUGUGGAUAAACAAAUCUACCGUUUCUCUGAGGAAGGCAUGGUAAACGCUCGCUUUGACUACACCUACCAUGACAACAGCUUCCGCAUAGCCAGCAUGAAGCCUGUGAUCAGCGAGACGCCACUGCCUGUGGACCUGUACCGCUAUGACGAGAUCUCCGGCAAAGUGGAGCAUUUUGGAAAGUUUGGAGUAAUCUACUAUGACAUCAAUCAGAUCAUCACCACAGCCGUGAUGACAUUAAGCAAGCAUUUUGAUGCACAUGGCAGGAUAAAAGAGGUGCAGUAUGAGAUUUUUAGGUCGCUCAUGUACUGGAUGACGGUGCAGUAUGAUAACAUGGGUCGUGUCAUCAAACGCGAGCUGAAAAUAGGACCAUAUGCCAACACCACACAGUACCGCUAUGAGUAUGAUGGUGAUGGGCAGCUUAGCGGAGUCAAGGUCAAUGACUGGUCUACUUGGCGCUAUAGCUAUGACCUUAAUGGCAAUCUGCACCUGCUGAACCCAGGCAACAGUGCCCGUCUUAUGCCUCUGCGCUACGACCUGAGAGACCGCAUCACCCGUCUGGGCGACAUGCAGUACAAGCUGGACGAGGAUGGUUUCCUCAGUCAGAGGGGUACGGACAUCUUCGAAUACAACUCUAAAGGGCAACUGGUGCGAGCCUAUAGCCGGGCAGCAGGGGGAUGGAGUGUGCAGUACCGCUACGACGGCCUCGGAAGAAGAGUCUCCUCUAAGAAUAGUCUGGGCCAGCACCUGCAGUUCUUCUACGCUGACCUGAACAAUCCGGUACGGGUCACGCAUGUGUUCAACCACUCCAGCUCAGAAAUCAGCUCGCUCUACUAUGACCUGCAGGGCCAUCUGUUUGCCAUGGAGGUGAGCAGCGGCGAAGAGUACUAUAUAGCAUCAGACAACACGGGCACACCACUAGCCGUUUUCAGCAGCAAUGGGCAGAUGAUCAAGCAGGUGCAGUACACGGCCUACGGUGAGGUGUAUCACGAUUCCAACCCAGAGUUCCAGCUGGUCAUUGGAUUCCACGGCGGCCUUUAUGAUUCGCUGACCAAGCUGGUGCACUUCACACAGAGGGACUACGACGUGUUAGCUGCCAGAUGGACGUCACCUGAUUACACCAUGUGGCCAAAGAUCAGCAAGGACCUGGCACCAUUUAACUUGUACAUGUUCAAGAACAAUAAUCCUCUUAGUGAUAUGCUGGAUGUGAAGAAUUAUGUCACAGACGUAAAGAGUUGGCUAGUGAUGUUUGGCUUUCAGCUCAAUAACAUCAUCCCAGGCUUUCCUAAACACCAUUUGCACUUUGUGGAUCCUCCAUAUGAGCUCCAAGCCAGUCUGGAGUGUGAACAUGGCCAGAUGAUGACUGGAGUCCAGCAGGAGGCUGAAAGACACAGCCAGGCUUUCAUGGCAUUAGAGGGCCAGCUGCUCAAUAAAGAACGACGAAACAAAUGGGACAAACCAGGUCAUUGGUUUGGCACAGUUCCAUCCAUCAUUGGGCGUGGCAUGAUGUUGGCUGUGAAGGAGGGCCGUGUUGUAACGGGGGUCUCUGGCAUGGCCAGCGACGACAGCAGGAAAGUUGCUCUGGUGCUCAACAAUGCGGUCUACUUGGAGGGCACACACUACAUACAGGAUGGUCACGACUGCCACUUUUUCGUGAAGAUCGGUUCACCUGAUGCAGACCUACUGGUACUGGGGCUCAGUAAUGGGCGGAAGGUGCUGGAGGGUGCUGGAAUCAAUGUGACAGUUAGUGGGCGCUCACGACGCGGUGUCACUGUGGAACUGCGGACAACGGCUCUUUCACUUAGUGUGCGCUACGGCCUGACACAGGACACACAGGAGGAGGAGCACGCCCGCUUGCUAGAGCUGGCACGCCAGCGUGCACUGGCUGGUGCCUGGCUGCGAGAGCAGCAAAGGACACGUGAUGGCAAGGAGGGAAGUCGUUUGUGGACCGAGGGUGAGAGGCAGCAACUGCUCUCCACAGGGAGAGUACAGGGCUAUGAUGGUUAUUAUGUGUUACCUGUGGAGCAAUACCCUGAACUGGCAGAUAGCAGCACUAACAUCCAGUUCCUCAGACAGAAUGAGAUGGGCAGGAGGUAACAGAACUAUGAGCCCUGACGAUUUUCUGCGUUUC